CACGCAGGCCCGUUUAUCAACAUCACGAGCAAGAAACCUGAGCUGGAAUGCAACCACUCCGAGCUAGUGUCCGAGCCAGCCGCUGAAGCGGAACGUGUCAGCAAUAGCGGAGGUAGCAGCUAUUAUUGUGAACGGAUCGUGAAACCGAGUUUCGAGUUUUUUUUUUCUAGAAGGAAGUCACAAAUACGAGUCGUCUUAUCGUUGGCUCUGCCAGAGUCUCAUUGCGACUCUUCGUGCGACUCGCAGUGCGAUUCCCACUUGUACCCGCUGGUAACCAGCGUGCGAACAUGACUCGCGACGCCGCUUUGCGGCGGUGCGAGGGCCUUCGAAAAGUCGCAACGGCCGAAGGGUGGAUGCGACCUGGCGGUGGCACUGCUGGGUCUGUAUUGAGAGAGUCGCAAUGCUCGUCGCACGCCUCGCGAGAUUCUCAUGCCCCACCCCGUCCCCCUCCCCACCUCUCCCCUUCACCAUCCCCCUUCCCCGCCACCCCACCCCCGUCAAGCUUCCCCGUUGUGUCUUCCCCUCAUCGCCUCGACUCAAGGUCUGCUGAAGCUCUGCUAGACGCUGACGCCUUCAGCGCCUUCCCGAGCUACCCGGCGUCGAAUCCGCCAGUCGCCCCACUCUCGUCCCCCUUCUCCCACUCCCCACUUCCCCCCGCCCCUCCCCCCUUCCUACCCCCUCCUCUCCCCCCCUCCUCCUCGUGCUUCCACCCCUCCAGUGAGCCUAGCACUGGCUCUCUCCCACCACCCUUGCCCAAGUGGGUCGUUGAAACGCCGUCCGUUUGUGAGAUUUCUCAAAAGCCGCCUGCAUUAUCUUCAACGUAGUUAAUUUGAGAGGCCGAUGCCUUCGCCCCCUCCCUCCCUCCCGCAAGCUAUUCCCCUUCGCCUCAAAGUCAGCCUUGACGCUGGCAUGGAUUCUUUAACCUCCCCCCUCCCCCCCAAACCCAGCAGUAGCCCUCCCCCACCACCUGCACAUUUGAAUCCGCCCAUCUCUCUCGACACUACUCGCCUUAGACUCCUCCCACCACCCCCUUCUCGCCUCGUCCUCUCCUGCUUCACCCAUGCUGCCGCUGCAAGCCUACGGGCUGCGCUGCAUCUCCAUGGGCCUCCUCAUGCUUGCACACGCCUUCCGUCCAAGCGCCCCCGUCCCUCUCCCAUCCCUCCAUUUCAGUGAACCUAGCAAUAGCCCUUUUCCACCACCUACGUUCCAAAGUCGGCCUUCUAGACGCCCAUGUCUCAGCCCCUCCCUGCCUGGACUCCUCGGCCUCGAGUCUGCCGGUUGCCCCCUCCUCGCCUCCGCCUCCUCCAACGCGCCCAUGCUGCCGCUGCAGGCCUACGGGGUGUACAGCGUGUCCAUGGGCUUCCUCAUGCCUGCUGACAUAGCGGCGGUGUGUCACGGGCCCAUGGUGAUGGCGGCAGUGGAGAAGCUUCUAUGGGGGAUGCAGUGGGGGCGGCUGGACGUGCUGGUGGUGGUCAUGCCGCCCGGGACGGGGGACGUGCAGCUGAGCUUGUGUCAACCGGCCAGGCUGUCAGGUCUCCCCCUCUGGCGUGGUGUCAUGCGCGUGCCACGGAUGCCAGCGGUGGAAGGAUUUCACAGCUGGCAGGCUGAGCGGGACUGCCACGUGUCAGGCGGCCAUUGGAGUAGGCAAGCGGAGGGAGGAGAAUGAGCAACAGGAUGAACAGCAGGUGAAGCAGGAGGAGGAGAAGCAGGAUGUGUUAGAGCGGGGAUGAAGCGGUUCGCCACAUGAUGCGAGCCAGAUUGGAGCAUCAGCUGAUCUUGAGAGCGCAGGAUGGCACAGUGCUGCCGCCCAGGGUACACAGAAGAGAUGGCGAUCGCCUGAGCUUCCCUCUCCUCUUUCUUCUGCUCCUCCCUUUCCUGGUACUGGCAGUCCGUUCCCAUGUUCCCAUGUUCCCAUGUUCCCAUGUUCCCAUGUUCCCCUGUUCCCAUGUUCCCGUGUUCCCGUGUUAUCGUGUUCCCGUGUUCCCGUGUUCCCAUGUUCCCAUGUUCCCAUUGAGAGUGAAAUAAAACGUUUGAUGUUGUAGUAGACUAAGUAUAAAACUAUAAACACGAACACUUGGCAAAUCUUCAAGUAUUGGUCCAGAAUCUUUGCUGGAAUGGUAGACUAGUAAGACAGCGGAAGUCUUGUAGAAUGUAAAGGUCAAGGUUGAAUAACCUGAGUAUGUGAACUUGUGGGAGUUGAGCCGUGGAAAGAAGAUUGAAGCCAAGACCGGCGACGAUAAGGACAUUAGUAACAUGAAGUGAGU